AUGGACACAUCUCCUGCCCUGCUCCUGCUGCUCACUCUGGGAUUCUGCUGCCCUGGGAUUUAUGGCCAGGCACUUGAGAUAAAGGUCAGGUCUCCCAAGGACAUCACCCGGCUCCGGGUAGGACAGAAGCUGGAGCUGGAGUGUCACACUGACAAGAGCCAUGGUGCAUCCUGGAUCCGCCAGGACAAGCAUGGGACCCUUCACUUCAUUGUCUUCAUCAGUUCUGUAUCCCGAACCACAUUUGGGGAGAAUCAGAAAACAUCAUCAUCCCCUCGCUUUGAGGCGAGCAAACACAACACAAUCUAUCGGUUGGUAGUGAAAUCUUUCACACCACAGGAUGAGGGGACCUAUUUCUGCGUGAUGAAUUUGAACCAAAUGCUGUACUUCAGCCCUGGCCAGCAUGCCUUCCUUCCAGUCACCACCACAGUGGCACCCACCACAUGUGGACCCACCUCCAAGCGUGGCAUCACUGAGGACUCCAAGCUCAAGACUCCAGAUCCAGAGGGAAGAAUGCAGGAAGAUCUGAAUUUCCCCUGUCACAUCUUCAUCUGGGUCCCCUUGGCAGGUGCCUGCCUCCUGCUCCUCAUCGCCCUGGUGAUCACCAUCGUGCUGUGUCAACAAACCAGAAGACGAAGAUGCAGGUGUAAGAGACCUGCAAAUGGGAAGCCCCCCACGAAACCCAGGACACCAAACUAACACAGACCAGCAUCUGCUC